ACGAUCAAACUGGGGUUUACGCGCGAUGCUUCGACGUUCGAGGAAGGACUUCUGAAAUGCGUGUUGGUCUGUGUCAAAGUGUAAAUCUGUGCUGGACAAGAUCUCGUAGUGUGUUUCCUCUGUGUCAGAAAUGUGUUACUUUGUUCUAACCUCGGAAGCAGUACUACAUUUGCAGAUAAAAUCAUCAUGGACCCUUGGUGGAUUUUACUGUUUGUAUCACUAACAAGCGUUUCCACGGCCAGUGGGCCGCCCAAAAUCUCCGGAAAAAUUCACUCUCGUCACAUAGCAUAUGUCGGAAAAAACACCAAGCUCCUGUGUCCUGUUCUGGCAGACCCCCUUCCCAUGAUGCAGUGGAGGAAAGAUGGCCGGACAAUCCACAGUGGCUGGACUCGCUUCAAGGUGUCGCAGGAUGGUCAGUUGCGUAUCAAGGAAGUGGAGAUGGAUGAUGCAGGGACGUACCUCUGUAAAGCUACCAAUGGAUUUGGCCAUGUCAAUGUCAACUAUACAUUGAUAGUUGUUGAUGACAAGAAUGGCAUAGUGAAGGAAGAUAACAAUCUGUAUCCGAAAACCCCUGAGGAAGAUCUCCGUAAGGAGGGAGCUCCACCUGAAUUCACCGACUAUGAGAAGAUGAAGAAGAGUGACAUAAUGCGACCGGUGGGCAGCUCUGUGCGACUGAAGUGUCGCGCUCUGGGCAACCCACGGCCGCACAUCAUCUGGUUUAAGGACGACAUGUUGCUGGAGGAUGUGGUGGAUGCCCUGCGUCCUCACUGGAUCCUCAAACUACACAACCUGCAGGACGCGGACUCGGGAGACUACACGUGCCGCGUCAGUAACCGACUGGGAUCGAUCAACCACACGUACUCGCUGGAAGUUGUUGAACGAAUCCAGAGUAAGCCAGUGUUGAUACCACCAUAUCCUAAAAACACGAGUAUUGAGUACGGACAGACGGCAUCAUUCCAGUGUCACGUGAAGAGCGUCGUCCAGCCUCACAUUCAGUGGCUGAAGCGUGUCGAGGACCCCGACUCCGUAUACAGUGUGAACACGACAAUCGAGGUGAAGGGUCAGAAGUUUGUGGUGCUGAAGACGGGGGAGGUGUGGACCCGCCCCGACGGCUCCUACCUGAAUAAACUGGUCAUCCAGCGGGUCACGGAGCGACACUCGGGCAUGUACAUCUGUCUGGGCGCCAACAGCCGCGGAUACAACUUCCGCAGUGCUUACCUCUCUAUCAAGCAACCAAGUCACAUGGGAGCUCCGUAUUCCAACAAAGGAAGUUCCUCCGACAGUGCCCAGUCCAACCUACCUCUCUUCAUCGGCGUGCCUGCCGUCAUCGUCCUCAUCGUCGUCAUCAUCGCCAUUGUUAUACUGCAGCGGAGACGGCGCUGCAAUGCCACGGCACGUGGACUCAAGGUGCAGCGGAUAGCUGUGCCCACGCAUGACAAAGACUUCUACCCAAACUAUCACAAUUCGAACAUUCUGCAAACGAGCAGGGAAAAAAUUCCAAAGAUGUCCACGCAGAGUUUAGACUUUUACUCGGACAACAUAUCAUCCGUGUCGCGCAGUCAGCAGCACAGUCACCAACACAUGUACAGCUACUGAGAGGUCACAGGGACAGCAUAUCAGCAUCGCAGAGUCGGCGGUACUGUCGGAACAAAGUGACCUCUGUGAGUGUGUGUGCGUGUAUGUACGUACGACGGCUACUGUGAUGCUAGUGUCAGUGUUGUGAUACAAAACAGUUCGCGAUCCACUCAACUCCAAACCAUGUGUCAACCUGUGAUCAUGUGUCAGUGGUCAUUAAACUCUUGUCAAUGAUGUGUCAAUAACUCUAAUCAUGUAGUCAACCCUUUGAUUGUGUAUUGACGACAGCACUAAUCGUGUCAACGGUUGACAAUUCUGAUCACAUGUCAACAACUCCAGUUAUGUUGACAGCACUAAUCAUGUGUCAAUUCUGUCGUUUGUUGUCAAUCCUGAUCUUGUGACGACAUCUCUGAUUCUGUGUCGACAUCUGACCAUGUGUCAACAUCUCUGAUCAUUUGUCGACAUCUCUGAUCCUGUGUCGAUAUCUGUGAUCAUGUGUCGACAUCUGUGAUCAAUGUGUCGAUAUCUGUGAUCAUGUGUCGACAUCUCUGAUCAUGUGUCGACAUCUCUGAUCAUGUGUCGACAUCACUGAUCAUGUGUCGACAUCCCAGAUCUUGUGUCGACAUCUCUGAUCAUAUGUUGAUAACUCUGACUAAAUGUUGCCUCUAAUGAUGAAUCAACUCCAUGAUAUGUCAAGCUGCCAGCCAUUCACCAUGGUGUUGUGUUGCUAUUCACAGGGCCAAGUCCUUACACUGCAUCUACCUACCAGGUGCUUUUGUCCUUAAAAGCAUUGAUCUUUAUUUGUAAUAUUAUUACAAUCAGUUUUACAACAUUUGAUCUUUUACAAACAAAAUAUGCCAGGCCUAAAGGUAACGACAUCAAUGGUUUUGACCACCUUUCACUAAAAUUUAUUUUUGCAGUAUGAACCGUGAGUGUGGUUACUAAUGUUGAACGGCAUUAAGGGUUUUUUACGAGUGUUUUGUCAGGUUCUUGGCGCCAAGUUCCAAGAAGGCAGCAAGACUGUUUUAAGUGCAUUUAACACUUUGAAAAGCCCAAACUAAAGAGUGAACUGCUAGUCAUAAGUAAAGUAUUUGUGUCGUACACCGACGUCUCAAACACAUGGUCAGUGCAGCGGUUGCAAGUCUUAUUUUGAAAAAUCGUUGCAUUAAUGUCAAAAUUUGUAUUUUCAUACAGUUUACAAGUAUGUCCAUAAUUAGACAUUAGAAAUUGUGUAAUCAAAUCUUUAUUAAUACAAUUUUUAGGAUGUCAAAUCUGAAUAGAAAGCUGACAUUUUUACUGUGAGUCUGUUAAAAAAAAAAAAAAAUAUGUAAAGGUCUAACCAUAUAUUACAUUUAGUACAACCAAUUUCUUUAGAAAUUUCAUGUUUGUAUUUUCCAGUCUGCACAAGACCAUUAAAGGUCAUCUGAUGAUUCUAUGCAAAAAACAUAUCAUGCCUUUUAGAAAAUACUUUUAUUUUGACUUUUUACAAAUGCUUUUCUACGAGUCGCCUUUGAACCGAGGCCUUGACCACACGCGAUGAGUGGAUCAGAUGGAACUUCGCGGAGUGCUCGCCACCUGCCAGUCACGUGGCCUGGCACCGUCUUAGUGCUUUCAUUGUAAAUAUUUUAAAUAAAAAGUCGGUAUAAUUUAUUUUGAACCACAAUGUUUGUAUAGUUGUGUAACUAUAAUGUGAAAGGUGUGUGCAGUUUUAUGAAUGUGUGUCAUGUCUGGUCUAUUGUUUUGUGCCCAACACUGUAAAUAUGUGAUUUGUGUGUGUGUGUGUGUGUGUGUGUGUGUGUGUGUGUGUUGGUCUGCUGUUGCUAUGGAAACAGGGUAAAACUGAAGAUAGUUUGGUGUACGGUUGUGUUAUAAGAAUGAGACGUUAUUGCCUGUCACCGAUUUCAGUUAGUGUUUUUUACUAAAAUUUAUGUUUCAUGUCAUCGAAAAUAACUAAAAAGUCCAGAAAGUCCAAAUGGUAUUUUUCUUCAAUUUAGAUAUAUGUAUAUCUUCUUUAAUCUGUAGAGAACAUCAUUGAUUGUACAAGAUUGAUGUUGACUAUCAAGGAUUUCAUCAAAAAUGUGUUUGUAUUUUGACCUGGCUCUCAUUGUAACAAUAUAAUUCUGUUGUAAUGGUUUAACUUAGAUGACAAUUGACUGUUUUUCCUUUCAUAAAUAUAAUGGCUGUAUACCUUUGGUGCCAAAAUACCAUGGCUGACUCAAGAUUAUUAAAAUAUAUUGUUUAAGCAUUUUUGUUUUUGCAUGUAAAUGUUAUUUUUAUCUUUAAAUUAUAAAAUGACAAUAUACAUGAAUCAUAUGUUUUAAAUUUUAUUUUUUAGCAUUUCAAUGACAUAUAAGAGCACAUGACAUUGAAGAUUUUAAUUUUUAAAUUAAAAUUUAAUUUUUAUGACAAAUAGCAUGACAGGAUAGAGAAAUUAUAAUUAGUGUGGUGUCUGUUAACGAGAUGUAUGGAUGUUAUUUUCACUGUGUACAGAUGUUUUCUCUAAUGUAUGUGUAACCAACGACAGGGUAAAUGACAUAACGUCAUAUUUUUAUGUACAGCUCAUAUGACAUGUAUAGGACUCACUGUUCAUAAAAAUAUUACUCUCAUUUUCAACUGUAUUUACCAGAUGGAUAACUUAAUGAUCACUUUUAUAGCACAUAGUUUGGAAAAUAAAAAGAUAUGUUGUGAUUUUCCAUACAUGUAUGUGAAACUGUUUAAAUGUUUUAUUGUUAUGUUUAUGUUCAUAAAGAAUUUUUUUUUUUUUGGAUUUUUUUAAAGUACCAAGUGAUAUUUAAAGCUUUUUACUAUGAGGAUUUAUAAAUGCACAACUUUCAGAUUGCAGUACGCUGUAUACUGUUACAAAAUACAAAAAAAAAUCUUAAAUGUAAAUGGAUAAACAAAGAAUCCUGCAAAAUAAUCUACCUGGGAAGCAAAACUAAUAAUUGUAUGAAAAUAAAUUAGAAGAUAUGGGGCAUGUUUAAUACCUAAUAGAAAAAAAUUCCUAAUUAAAAUCACCAGCAUUAAAAGUAAUCAUGUCUUUUUUUUUCUCUUUUUUUUCACAAAUUGCCUUUUUAUAAAAUGUUUAGGUUUUUUCCCCUCAAAAUAUUGUUAUCCUGACUUAGGGCAUGAAAACAAAUUAUUUCUUAUAUCAUAUUAGAUUUUUAAAAAUGUGUAUAGUUGAGACCAGUUUUGUUUUUAAGGAUCAAAGGGCUAAAAAUAAGUUGUUAGCUUGAACAAAAUUACUUAUAUUGGACUUGAUUGCCCACUCUUUAAUAUCAAGCAAACUGGAUACAAUUAGAGAGUUUACCAUAUUUGAGUCUUAAUCCAAACAAGAAAGAUAUAUAAGCACAAAUAUGGACUUGUUAGCAACAAAAAAUGUUGUGGGGUUUUUUGGUUUGUUUUUUAUAUACAUCAUAAAAUAUCAAAACAUUUUUAAAAAAUCAUUGUAAUAGGAGCUGCUAUCACAUAAGUUCCUAAAUUCAGUCUGUUCAAAACAUUUUUAAUUGAACUUUUAUUAUUUUUUGGUUCAUUCAAAAUACUUCAUCUAUCUACCUCAUUGUGAAUGUCAAAAUUGUUUUUAUUUACACAAAUCAGUGCUUUUUAAUUUUAGGAAGUUAGCAGAAUAAGGAAAAUCAUUGUCUUUUGUGUGUGUGUAUAUAUUGCAAUAUACUAAAUAAUUAGUUGGUUUUGAAAGUAUUGUUUUGUAGCAUAUAUACAAAAUUAUAUAGAAUUCAGUUGACUAUAGGGCUCGUGUCAGAAGACAGUAUAUGUAGAUAUUUUAAGUUGUGUAGCAAUGUUCUAAGUCUAGACUUUGCCUUCUUUCCAAUAAUUGUCCGAUGUGAAUGAUUACAAUUAUUUCUAAAUACUGGUUCAGAUUCUGGUCGUGGGCCAGUGCUUAUUAAACUUUAAGGUACUAAACCA